CUGGGACCGGAUGCGUGAGGAGAGCAGAUCAGAUCACUAUUCACGGGUUAAGCUGUCAGGCUACAGAAAGCCGUCAAUACAGGUUAAGACAGGGAAGGAAGGAUCUUACUGUCACUUGACAUGUAAUUAGUGAUGGGGUCAGGGGUUUCAUCUGCCAAACCCCCCUCCACACCUGCAGCCCAAUGUGCCAAAUGUGCGACGGCCCCAAUGUCUGGAAAUGAAGAGCGCACGUUCAUUGCCAUCAAGCCCGAUGGAGUGCAGAGGGGACUUAUCGGAGAGAUCAUCAAGCGUUUCGAACAGAAGGGCUUCAAGUUAGUUGCUAUGAAGUUAAUCCAGGCCGAUGAGGAUCUUCUGAGACAGCACUACUGUGACCUGAAGGAUCGUCCUUUCUUCCCAGGGCUUGUCAGUUUCAUGUCCUCUGGCCCUUUGGUUGCCAUGGUGUGGGAGGGUUUUAACGUUAUAAAAACCGGCAGAGUAAUGCUCGGUGAGACUAAUCCCGUUGACUCCAAGCCUGGGACUAUCCGAGGUGACUUUUGUGUUCAGGUUGUCCGGAACAUCAUUCACGGCAGUGAUUCUGUCGAAAGUGCCAACGCCGAGAUCAACCUGUGGUUCAAGCCAGAGGAGAUCUGUGACUACACCAAAUGUCAGGACAGCUGGCUCAAUGGCUGAACGCUUUCUUCUUUUUCUGCACUUCUCUCCCUCCCGGGUGCUUCUGAUUUAAAUCAGCUCAUUUUCAUUUUUAUUCCUACUGUUUCUGCUGUUUGCUUAUUCCCACUGUUUCUGCUGUUUGUCUUUACAAUUAGAAAAAUCAUUUCUAUCCCAUGAGUUCAAACGAAAGCUUCAGUGUUCUGAUACUAUAUAAAACAAAUGUUAAAGUCUGAGAA